ACACUUAUUAAAUCCGAAAAUUCUACAGUAGUUUACAUUUAGUAGUAAUUUAAUAAUUAAUUAAGAAAUGAUUUAAUAUUUUAUCGUAUUUUGUUAUUUGAAAGAUCUGUCGUGUUGAAGUAGAGGGCUUGCUGUGACGUCACAUAGAGUCAAGGUCACGCUAACAAAUAUACGGGAUCUGGCUAUCCUUGUAGUUUAAAGUCCUUGCGUCCAUCCAACUCACCAUUGAAUAAUAUUUUGUAUAUAUACUGGUACAUUAUAUUCAUGUUGGUAUUGUUAAUGGAUUCAAUAAACUAAUGCCAACCUGCGGUUAGCAUGGAUUACGUUACAUAAUAUAGAAAUUCACAAUUUUAACUUGUAAAAAGUCAGAUUAGAAAACCCGUAUUAGGUUCAAUUCGAUUAAAUUUUUAUUUUCCAGAGGGCAGCAUAUAACAUGUUUUCGUUGAAGUUAUCACAUGUUUUACACGAGUGAAAGUCACGUUCAUAUCCAUGUAUCUAUACAGUAAUAAAUUUGCAAGAAUUCAACUUUUUAAGAAUUCAUUUCGUAUUUACUUCGAAAAUUUUACUCAGAGGAAUUUUACCAAAACUCAUUUAAAAAGUAAUUCAAGAUGGAAGUCAAAAUAUAUAAUAACAGGAGGAUUGGUAUCAAUACCUUUGCUCUAUUAUCAUUUUAUGUUAACUUCCGUACAAAAACGUAAUGUUCGUACUUCGAUUGAAGGAUUUACAAGAUUUUGCAGGUAUUUAAAACUAUUAUUGAUUAAAUUAAAUAAUAAUAUUUCCUCUAAUGUAUACUUACAGGAAUCUGAAGAAUAUAUUAAAACUAUAAAACUAUGUCAUAAAAGAGGAGCUGAAAAUAUUCUGGUUGGUUGCUUAAAAAAUGGAGGUUUAUAUAUAAAAUUAGGACAAAGUUUAGUGACUCUUAAUCAUAUUUUGCCUAUUGAAUAUACUGAAACACUAUCUGUUUUACAUAAUAAAGCUUUAGAAAGAAAACCUGAUGAGUUGCGAGAGUUGUUUAUUGAAGAGUUUGGAAAACCACCUGAAGAAAUAUUUUCCGAAUUUGAUAUACACCCUAUUGCUGCUGCAAGUUUGGCUCAAGUUUAUAGAGCAAUUACUUUUAAUGGAGAGGAAGUAGCUGUUAAGGCACAAUAUAUAGAUUUACAUAAACGCUUUGAUGGUGAUUGUAAUACUAUCAAUAUUCUUUUGAAAAUAAUUGGAGUAAUUCAUCCUGAUUUUGAUUUUACUUGGGCUUUCAAUUUAUUAAAUGAAAAUCUAAGACAAGAAUUGGACUUCAUAAACGAAGGUAAAAAUAUGGAACGAUGUGCAUUGGAAUUAUCACAUUUACCAUUUGUUCAUGUUCCAAAAGUUUAUUGGAAUUUAUCAACUAAGCGUAUAUUGACAGCUGAAUAUAUAAAUGGUGUAAAACUAGACAAUCAGAAGGCAAUUAAAAAUCUUGGACUUCAACUUGCUGAUGUUGAUGAAAAAUUAGUUUUAACAUUUGCUGAACAGAUUUUUCAUACAGGUUUUGUACAUGCAGAUCCUCAUCCAGGAAACAUUUAUAUUAGAAAGGAUAAAAAAACUGGAAAAGCUGAAAUUGUAUUGCUUGACCAUGGAUUAUAUGAAUAUUUGCCUGAGGAAAAUCGUCUCUCUCUAUGCAAAUUAUGGAAAUCAAUUAUAUUAAAUGAUCAUGUUGGAAUGAAAAAACAUUGUGAAGAAUUAGGUGUUAAAGAUUAUUAUCUUUUCUGUGAAAUAUUGAUGCAGCGUCCAUUGGAUAGAUCAGGUUUCCACAUUCCAAAUAAUUUAUCCAGUGAAGAUAUGCAAUAUAUGAAGAAAAUGGCAAAAGAAAAAUUUGAUAAAAUAAUGUCUGCUAUUAGAUCCUUACCAUCUUCAAUGCUUCUUGUUUUUAGAAACAUCAACACUAUUCGAUCCAUAAACAAGCUUCAUGGCCAUCCAAUUGAUCGUUAUACAUUAAUGGCUCAAAAAGCAACUAGUGGAGUAUUUAAAAGUUCUAAAUCUGGAUUAACAAAGAAGUUCACAAAGUGGUGGGAACAAUUAAGAUUUAAUUUCAAGUUAAGGUGUGAAAGCAUAAAGAUGAAUUUUUUCAUUUUAUAUCUUCGCAUUCUUGCAUUUAUAAAUAAUUCAGAUGCAAAUGAAGUAAUUGGUUUAUUACUUUAAGAAAAAAAAUAUAUCCCUUUUGAUGUUAUUGAGAAUUAAUUAACUGAUUUAUUUAAAAUAAUUAGUAACAGUUAAUUCAUUUGUAUAACUGUUUAUGUGCAUUAGAUCUUUAUUUGUAUUUCUUUAUCUUAUUUUUUAAAUAUUAGAUUAUCUUUUCAAUUAUUUAUAUUUAUCAAUAACUUUAUAUAGGGCAUGUAAAUCUAUAAAAUUUUCAAUGCUUCCAAACUAUGAGGUCUUCUUUUGAGUGCCAUGUAUGUAAUCAUAAUUCAUACAUAUUUUAUAAUGUUUGUCUAGUCACGUA